CGCAGUCUCUGGUCAUCCCUGUACUGUGUCCGCAGUCUCUGGUCAUCCCUGUACUGUGUCCGCAGUCUCUGGUCAUCCCUGUACUGUGUCCGCAGUCUCUGGUCAUCCCUGUACUGUGUCCGCAGUCUCUGGUCAUCCCUGUACUGUGUCCGCAGUCUCUGGUCAUCUCCUGUACUUAUGUCCGCAGUCUCUGGUCAUCUCCUGUACUCUGUCCGCAGUCUCUGGUCAUCUCCUGUACUGUGUCCGCAGUCUCUGGUCAUCCCUGUACUGUGUCCGCAGUCACUGGUCAUCUCCUGUACUGUGUCCGCAGUCACU